ACCGACCGUUGCGUAACAUUGUUCAACUAUUGCAAUUUCACGGCGCAAUUCAAUGUGCUCCUUUUUGUUUGGUUUUUUAAUUUUUAUAGUGGCCCUUUUUCGUUUGGAAUUUGGUGCAUAACUCAGAGAUGUGCCGUUUGUUUACGUCAAAGUUAGUGAUUGUGUACACGUCGUUGGUGUUGCAUCGUCGAUGUGUUUAGAUUUUUGGCUUUUAAAGUGACGCAUUCAUCUAAGAAAAGAUUUGCUUCUUUUUCUUUGUUGUUUAUCAAUCGAGUGAGACACACGUGAGCAUCACACUAACGCACGGAUUGUUUUGAUUUGACGCCAGAAGUUGGCCCCCGUUUGACAUUAGGAAAUGGUUUAUCAAUAAGAAAAGAAAAGAAAAGAAAAGAUUUGUGGGCGAUUGAUGUCAGAGUGCUGAUGAAAAAAAAAUGCGGAUGCACCAACGAAUAUCCAGCUGGCAUCGAUCCGUCCAGUAGGCUCCAGUUGUGUUGAAUGAAUGAACGGCCAACAGCCAAAUCAGGUCCGUACAGCUGGAACAACGGUGGACACUACUCCAAUCGCCAGAGAAAGUUUACUGGGUCGGCGACGUCAACAACAACAACAACGUGACGAAGAUGGUGGUCGUCAUCAAAAGAUGAUGGCCAUGUUGACGAUGCGCCAGCAGCCGAAAUGCCAUCGUUCACCUGCAACAUCAAACAUCGCAACAAGGCCAGUUCGAAAUAAUUACGUCGAGCGACUUUGCGUCCAACUACCUCCGUCCCUGCAACAACAACAACAACAACAGCAGUCGAGUCACGCUUUAGUCAAUAAUGAAGAUGAUGUUUUACGUUUGGUCAUCCACGUUGAAGAGUCGCAACCGGAUGAGGAAGAAGAAGAAGAAGAAGAAGAAGAAGAUGAGGGGAAGGCUUCAUUGAGUCUUCAAGUUGAAGGCCCAUCGUUGAAUAAAGACGAGCGUCAUCAACAACAAGAGAAUCGCCGGAUGCUCAAACACAUUGGACGACGACGUUCCGCUUCCGUUGAAAUGAGAAGCAAAGACGAGUCGAGCGGCACAAGAGAUUCUUUGGCUUCUCAUUUAGUCGGCCGGAUGUCAUCAGACGAAGACGACGUGGGUCAGAAAACGAGACAAGCCGACCGGCCAUGCGAUCGAUUGAGUCCGUGUCAUCCGAACAGCAGCAUCCGCUCGACUAGCCCAAGGUCCAAUGCCGUCAUCAAAGAAUUCCGGCGCAGUUCGGAAUUAUUGCGCAAUAUUUUACUGAGUCUGUCGGCCUCUUCGGCCAGUAGCAGACGAUCUUCCGAUGGGUCCACCGUUAGUAGUCUUAGUACUGCCGUUGCUGCGUCUCUCGUCGUUGGACCUCAACAGCAACAGCAACAGCAACAACACCAACAGAUGACUGCCGAAUCGACGUCGUCCUAUGUCAACGCUCUGCAAGCUCACCGCAAGCGACGCUGGGCCGUCCAUCUGCAACAAGAGCCGCCGGCUACAAUUGAACCAACAUCAACGGCUGGCUCAUCUGGUUCGAUGUUAUUAUUUGAAGCCAUCGCCUCAUCGAAUUGGACGUGGACGUCGCACGUGCUGGACGGCGGAUUGGUGACGGACGUGAACGCCCCGUUGAACGACACCAACGGCUACACGGCCCUGCAUUGGUGCGCCGUUCAGACGCCCGUCCCGUGGCCGGCCGUCUUCCUUUUGCUGGAACACGGAUGCAAAGUGGAACAGCGCGACAAAGACGGCACCCAGCCCGUGUUUCUUCUACCCAAUUUGCCCAGGGUCCAGCAACAGCUCGUCAACGAUGCCUUUGAUUACUUGAUCCGCGGUUGCGGUCCAGAUUCGGCAACUAGUGUCGCAGCCGAUCGUAAAGGCGAAGCGGAUGGAGACGAGGCCGAAACGGACGAAGAUGCCCGCAGAUGGACGUCAACAUCGACGACGAUUGGCGCCCCGACGACAUCGGUAGGAGGAGUCAACAACAUUUUGCGUCGUUUGCAGCAAAGCGCCAUCAUUAACCAGGCGGGUCAUUAUCUUCACCAACAUCAUCCUCACCUGCUCGUUAACAAGAAAUCGCAAGAGUCUAACGUUUCGCCAUCUGGCGGGGUGUCAGGUUCGACCGACUAUUACGAUUCGUUUGAAAUCACUUCCAUUAAGUUGGCUGAAUUAAGUCACCAAACGGCGGGCAUGACGAAUACGGCCAUGAAUAAUGAGCCGGACGGGGCUGCCAAUGGCAAUCACUCGACGUCUUGGUCGACCAACGAGCAACAAACGCCGCCUAAAAGAGAAGAAGAAUGGACUCAACGUCUGGUCCGCUCGCUGUCGGUGCUCGUCAAAAUGGCAGCCAAUGCCGAAUGUUUGCCAUUGAUCCUUCCUUCUCUAUCGGAACACGUGGGCGUCUUUGUGCGAGCCCUGCAGGAUACCAGCCACCUGCCUUGCCACUCGAUGAUGUCUUCUUUUCUUCACAAUCUCCUCAAGUCUGCGUUGGAAACGGCCGUCGGUCCAUCGGGAACAAAAGAUUACCAGUCAAUGGAUUCGGCUUUAAGCAAAUUGCUGCAGGUGGGCGUGGAAUUGUUGGCCGGGACGCACAGUGUCCAGUUCACCGCGCUCGUCUUCAUCAACAAAAUAAUUGACGUGUCAAUGGCGACGAGUAGUAGGUCGAUGGCCGAUCGACGUCGUCGCCAACGACGGCUGGCCGACAGACGACCCAAACGGCAGAGAAGAAACAACACAGGCAAGCCGGAUUCGACAUUAAUCAAAGUGCCAUCAGCCAUUGGCCAUUGGACGGCCAUAACUGCCAAAACGACAGCCGCAUCUCGUUGCUCGUUUUGGAAAGAAAUGAUUCAACAACAAGCGAGUAGCGCUCCGUCCAGACCGGUGCAUUCGAACGCGACCAACGCUGUGACGCAAUUACUGUCGGACAAAGUUCACGCCGGGACGGUGCUCAGUUUAGUGUUGAACGCCAUCACGCUGCAUCGUCGUCUGGUCGUGGGCCAGCAUCAACACGAGAGCAGUCGAUUCCGGUGCACGCCCAGCCUGCGCAUCCGUCAAUGCAGCCACCACUGUCUGCAGAUUUUGAGUGCCCGUCUUUUGCUGUACAUGGCCGGCUCGUCCGCCUUGUCCAGGGAUCAGCUGAUGGCCGAGGCUCAGCUCCGAAUGAUGGUCGAAGCUUUGGAUUACACGUUGGAUCCCCAACUUCUUUGUCUCAUCAUCCAAACGGUGGCGCUUUUGGCUCUGCAUUAUCCCUACCAGCGACGGCUACUCGAUUCCGGCAUACCGGACGCGUUGACGCAACUCGUCCUUCCGUCCGACGAGUGGUACUACACCAAUCACACGACCAGAUUCUCGAGGAUCGUUAAACAUCACGCGGCCAGGGCACUCGUCUACCUCGGAUUGGCUCGUUGUCUCGGCCCGCGCGUCUCCCUAUUCGAUUUCCAAGGAUCGGGGGGCGAGUGUUGGGCAGAAGCUGCGCCUUCUUCUUCCCCGUGCUCUCAACAGCUGCCGUCGACCAGCGGCAUCAACGAAACAGCCGAAGACAGUUAUGUUAUGCAAAUGUUGACCAGCCCAUCGUCGGUUAUUCAAGUCGCCUCUUCUUCUCCGCUCAACAACCAAACGACAAGUCAUCGCCCGACGACCGUCGCCAUCAGCCCGGAAGAGGUCGCCAUGCGGAUGCUCGACUAUCAUACGGCUGGAGACGACGACGACGACGACGACGAAGUUGCCAAAGUGAUGACUUUAAACAGUCUGCCCGUCCUUAUCGAUCCCAUCAUCGUUUUGAGGUUGUUGCAUCACUGGAUCUUGUCACGCAAAAUCGUCCAUCAGAUCCAUCAGAUCCAUCAGCAACAGCGCCAGCCGAAAGCGGCCACCAGCGCCACGAGGCCGGUGCUCGUCCGUCGUGAACUUUCCCUGCCGGCCGACGAGCGAAUCAUUUCUCGACUUGAAGCCCAGCUCUUACCUCACGUGGACAUUUCGUUUGCGGAUGACGACGACGGAUCGACAGAAGAUGAGAUUCGACCUGCCGUCUCGCUAAUCCAACAAAUAGAAUCGAAGCGAAUCAAAAAUAAAGACGACGACGACGAUGGAAAGGAAGACGUUGCUGGACAGCGAGGGACGACAGCUGCGGCGACGGGCCGUUUUAAUCCGACGGAAGCCAUUUUAGCGACGAUGCAAUUAUUGCCUCUUCCCUGUGCCAAAGUAAUGGCUGGCCGAGGCCAGCAACUGCCACUCAUGUUGAUGACGGCCGGCGGCCAGCAGAAGUCGGAAAACAACCUGGCCGCAUUGGCCAUGCGUCGCAAAUCCAAAUCUCAAAUGGGCCUCAACGACGCCCAUCAGCAGAUGAGAUGUGGCUCCAAAUCGCCGGCAGCUACGGCCCUGUCCGUCCGUGCUGGUCGGCCGGCAGGUGGUGUUUGCAACCAGCUGGACGAGUUGCGUUCGUUUCAGCGCCAACUGCAAAAUUUCCCGAGCCUGAGCGAAUUGCGACGACACCCGUUGGUGCCGUCGCAACCGAAUCGGCUGGCCACCACUUCGUCCUACUCGAAUAACAGGCGCUCCCUAUCGCCGGCCUCGUCCAGUCGCUGGUUAAUGGCAGCCGACCACCAACAGCAACGCCAGGCGGACGAGGACGACGGUAGGAAACGAGAGCCAUCUGUUAUCCAACAAUCGUCUCCCGUCAGUCGAUCAACCUCUCGGUCCAGCAGCAACGACGAGUGCCGCUCUGCUGCUGCUGCUGCUGCUGCUGGACGGCAUCAGCAGCACAACACAGAGUCUUACGCCCUUGCCAUUCUUCACAUUCUGCAGGAAUCGAUGGAACAAGGCAUUGUGAAUGUGCGUUCCAGCGAAAGGACAUGCCGCGAAUUGGACGAGAUGUUGGAAUCGAUCAAAGCCGCGGCUGCGGCUGCUGCAGCCGCAGCAACCAAUCAUAAUAAUAAUAAUGGCAGCAGUACGGACGGUGGCGCCAGUAAUGAGUUGUCGGACAGCGUCGUUGGUCGUCAAGUCGACGACAUCCGAAACCGAUUCAUCUCUCCGUUGCUGGACGGACACAAGGGAGCCGAUAGUGCCGAGCUUGUUGUCGACGCUGAAUACCAUCAGUUGCAACGAUUGGUGACGACGGGAGCUCUGCCGUGCAGCAAAGAAGAAGCGGCUUCUUUGGCGGCCAUCCAGCUGCGAUUGCAAGAGUGUUUGCCCAGCAUUAAAUUGGCCAGCUCCAAAUAUUCGUCUCAACAGUCGUGCAAUCCGCAAACGCAACACAAUCAGGAAAGUGCGACCAGACUGGCCGGUACGGUGGCAGAAGCAGCCGCUGGAUCCAGUGGCCGGCUGCUUCAUCCACACCUGAAAGGGAACAAGGAGGACGUCGUUGCUGCUGUGCAAACAACUGUCCGUUCUUGUGAUGAUUUGUUGUUUCAAUCGGCCAGCGAUUUAGCCAGCAGGGGCCGAUUCGGAACGGUGGCAGUCGUCCCUACGCGACAACAACAUCAACAACAGCAACAACAGCAACACCGACGACGGCCAUCGAUCUUCCGUCGUUGCUACUCGUCGGAGAGCAAUGCCAUCGUGGUGCCCAGUUGGUUCUCGUCUUCGUUCGGCGCACCUUCCGCACCACCGCAACAGCAAUCGGCCGGAUCGACGGAACUGUUGGCCAGCAACAACAGCUCCUACUCGUUGGCCAAUCCGAUCGGCAACCAACAGACGGCCGAUGUUUGCGUCGCUAAUGCCGUGCUGGCCGAUGCAUUGGUCGAUUGUCUUCCGCCCUACUAUUGGGAGGCCAAACAUAUGCCCCGCCUUGUCAAAGAGACCAAGAGGAAGCUGUUUCAUUCUUCCGUCUACGAGUCGGAGGCUCAAUUGAAAAGGCUCUACAUUCAGACGUGUCAACGAUUGCCCGCCUUCAAUUGCCACCUGUUUCACGUCCGCGAGAUUAUUAGCAAUUUGCAUACCAAGAAAAAGUCGAAUCGACUUUUGGCUCUUGGCCCGUCGUCCAUCACGCUGCUGGAUAGCAAGACUAGGAUGCUGGCCAAAUCGCAAUCGACCAGCGAUCUGAUGCAGUGGCAAUUGGGCGGUGGUCGAUCGCACGAUCGAGUGACGUUUGAAUUUCGCGCCACUCGCUGGAAUGUUGUGGUUCCCUCGCCGUCGUCCUUGCAAGAUCUCGGCGCAGCUCUUUGGGAUUUGCAGCAGCAUCUCAAUCCGGCCUACCCCGGAACAGACGGGUCGGAUUACAACACGGCUGGAUCGCAACAUGCGCACGAGAGCGUCAAUCGAACGGGAUCGGCGUCUUCUUCGUCGUCCUUGUCCGCUUCGACGUCGGCUCUUCCGCGACGGAUGUUGGCCCUUCCGCCCUCCUUUCCGGACGAGCUCAACAUCUUGCAUAGGCUGUUGCCUUUCCCGGAGGAGGUGGCCCUGAAAUUGACGGAAACUGAAUACGAAUUGUUCAACAGCGUCCCACCAAUCGACUACCUCCGCCAUUGCACCACCGAUCUCACUGCCCGGCACCACCAAGCCUCCGCCUCCAGCACUAGCCAGCACCCCCAUCAACCGUUUUCGUCGUCGUCACAGCAAUCGGCCAACGCCCAACCGGCCGCAAAUGGAGUGCCUUCCCUCAUCCAUCGUUUCAAUGAGGUGAGUUCUUGGGUGACGCAUCUAAUCGUCUCGCCGCCAAGUCACGACGAACGCAAAACCGUCCUUUCCUGUCUCAUUAGGACGGCCGUCAUCUGCUGGAACUUGGGCAACUUUCACGCGGCCACAGAAAUCGUAGUCGGACUCAGGUCGGACAAGUUGAAGCCGUUCUGGCUGUCCAUCACGGAAAAAGAGAAAUUACCUCAACUGGAUUUUCUGGCCAGCGCGUUGCUGUCGCGAGAAACGAGCCAAGAGUACAGACGGGCAUUGGCUGGCGCCCUUCGACUCAAAUGCAAGUCGACCAGUCGCCGCGUCGUCCCGUUUUUCGGCGUUUUCGUACGCGACCUCAAAGCCACGCUGUGCCAGAAUCCCAGCAUCAUCGUCGUCUCCUCCAACGACAAUGCCGUGCCCGUCUUGAGACACCUGUCGGAGAUCGGACGAGAGGAUCAAUUCUUAGCCUUUCAUGGAACAGGCGGACUCUUGAAUUUGGAUAAAAUCAGGGCCGCGCAAAAGGUUUUGGAGAAAAUCGCUCGCUACCAGCGCCAGUCGGAGAAACGGCCGAAACGGACGCAGAGCCGCAGCGAUCAAAGUUCCAGUGGCCAGUGUUGCAGCAGCAGCGACAGCGGUUCAGACUCUUGCACGACGAGCGACAGCGCAACCACUUCCAGGUGCAGCAGGGACUGGUCGGACUGGGACUGGUCGGAACGAUCCCUGCGCCAGUCGAAAGCCGGCCCGGUCACCGAUCACCGAGUGACGCUCUUCGACUUGUGCUGCCGCGACGCGGCCGGCCUCGACUUGAGGACGGUCAAGGUGUUGACCAACGGGACGACGGUCAUCCACUGCGAAGCCGACGGUUCCAGGGGAGUGCCCGUCUUAUUGCGCCUGGAGCGGAGUCACGGCACUCUGACGUGGAGCCGGACUCCCUGGAAUGGCGGCAACGUUGUCGGCGGCGGGAGCAGCAGCAGCAGCAGCAGCAACAACAACAGCGGCGACAGCUCCUCUCUUUUCGCCAACCCCGAUGUGGACAUUACGGCCGGACUGAAACUCAAGUACGGAUUGGGCAAUGGGCCGUCUCCGUUGACGGCCGGCGCUGGAGGCAUGGGCGGUGCCAGCGACGGCGAAGUCUGCGGGGGAGGCAUCGAGGAAGGUUACCUGGACGUGGCUGCCUUGAAGGAAGUGGCCCUUUGCUGUCGCGAAACCGAUUUCAUUUCCAUCGCCCGACGUUACGCCAUUCCGACGUUGGCCGACGGCCCUUGGUGCAUUUCCUUGGUGUACGGCCGCAAUUUGAGCGACAACCGCGUCACCGUCUUUGUUUGUCCGCCGCUCGUUGCUCGCCAUUGGGCCUCCUUUUUCCAAGUGGCCCUUCAGGCCGUCCGCAGGCAACAAAACGGCGGCGAUCGUCGACUCUUUUGGCUCAAAGAGCAAUACCUUCAACUCUAUUACAUGAACGGCGUGUGCAGCGGACCGAGGCAGUCAGACGUUCUCAAACUGUUUGGCGGAAGGGACGUGUUCCAGCAGCAUCUCGCCCAGUCGGCUGGUCUUGGGGGUGGCAGUCUGGCCACGGCUGAGAUGGCUGGCCGUGCAAGUCCGGCCUCUGCGCACAAGAAGAAACGUUCCAUCGCCGGAAUCGCCCUGGUCAAAGACAAGACCCUGCUCAGCUACCCCAGUUCGCCCGUCUCGGUCGCUGCAGCAGCAGGGGCCACCACGAGCGCCAACAGCGACGCCUGCUUGCCGUGCAUGACCAGCCCGAAGAACCGGAGGCUGGAAUGGGCGUCGGCCAACAACGAAACAACCGAAAGCUUCGGCUCGUCCGACAGCCUGGAUAUGCUGCCCGGCGUCCAGCGAACGCAACCACGGACCAACACCCUUGCCAGCCACCCUAGCGCUAGCGCUAGCGCAGCAGCAGCCGCGGGAGCGAGCGAAUUUUCCAGCCAAAAUUACUUGCUGCCCGCGAGGAACGACACGAAACGAUUGACUUUCCCGGAGACGGUCAGUCUGUUCCAGUCGUUCAACAUCGGCAUGCGCAAGGAUUUGAUGGACCUGUUUUGCGAGUGGUCCAUUCCAACGCCGGCCAACAUCAAGUCGGGGGGCGGUUGUCCAUCGACGGGUGGUGCAAGGUUGGCCGCGCCCACCAACGGCAACAUGUUCCACGAACUGUCAACAGCUCUGGGACGAGUCAUCACCACCACCAGUUUGAUGCAGUUCAUGGAGACGCAGCAGCACGAAUCGUGUUCGUUGGAAUCGGCCAAGGAGCUGAUUCUGCGCUUUGAAACGGAUGCGCUUCUACGUCGCAGCGGUCCGUUCCUGUCCUACGAAGGAUUCGCCGCGUUCAUGAACGACGCGGCCAAUUUCGCCUUCCGCAGCGAACACUUGACACCGAACGAGGAGGACAUGCACUACCCGUUGGCGCAUUAUUACAUCGCCUCAUCGCACAACACUUACCUGACGGGCCAUCAGCUCAAAGGUGAAUCGUCAGUCGAGUUGUACAGCCAGGUGUUGUUGACGGGCUGUCGUUGCGUCGAGCUGGACUGCUGGGAUGGCGACGAUGGACAGCCCAUGAUCUACCACGGGCACACGUUGACAACUAAGAUCCCCUUCCGGUCGGUAGUGGAGGCCAUCCAUCGCUCGGCAUUCGUCACGUCGCCUUACCCGGUCAUCCUGUCGGUGGAGAAUCACUGCUCGGUCCAGCAACAAGCCAAAAUGGCUCAGAUUUUCCAGUACGUCUUUGGAGAUCGUUUAGUGUCGCGUUUCCUCUUUGAUUCGGAUUUCUCCGACGAGCCUCGGCUGCCCAGUCCCAGUCAGCUCCGCUAUCGGAUCGUCUUGAAGAACAAGAAAUGGCACACGGAAAUCCCGCCAAUGGUGGCCAGUCUUCCGUCCACGGUCAACGUCGUCAACGUCGUCAACGGGCAAAACAAAGUUCUUCCAGGACGGCCCAGGACGGUAACCGAAGCCAGACCUUGUCCAGCAAGAGCUGGAAGCGUAGCCUCGUCCACAGUUAGCGGGGCCGGCUCGUUGAGUGGCGACGUCAGCGACAACAACGAAGACGACGACGGAGAUCAGAUGGAUUACCCAACUCGAACGCAAACAGCCGGCGAUCAUUUCGGAACGGCCGUCGCUGCUGCCGGAAGCAGCAGUUACGGCGGAUCGUCUGAAGCGUCCGCACCUGGCACUCCUCAAUUAGCCAAUUGGAACAACACUCACACGCCGACGCAUCGGGCCAGCUCCGACACGGAGAAGAGAAGGAGGCGGCCGGCAUCGGUUCCGCUGCGCAAAUCGCUUUCGCAAGGCGGAGUUCCCGAAGCCGAUCAAGUCCAUCUCCCGCGAGGAGGACCAGCAGCAGCAGCAGCUAAUGGCGGAAGCACGUGCAGUCCGGGCAGCCUGGAAGAAGAUUUAUUGAAUGACAGUGGCCAAAGCGGCGGUUCCAAAGUGAACAGCAAGAAAUCGGCCAACGUCGGCGGCAGUCAAAUUGCCAAGGAGCUGUCCGAUUUAGUCAACUAUUGCCAGGCCACUAAAUUCAGAGGUCUGCGCUGUUUGCCUUCGACUUCCGUCGCUAUCCGCCAAGUUAGCGGUCCGCUCAAGUUAGGGGCGUCUCCGCAAACGUCCAACUUGUCGCGCAAGUGUCGCCAUCCGGUUUUUGAAUGUUGUUCCAUCAACGAAACGACGGCCAAGAAAUUAUGUCGCAAACAGGCCACGUCGAUUCUGUACCACACGGAAACGCAAUUGUUGAGGACGUACCCCGCCGGAAUGCGGAUCGAUUCGUCCAAUUUCAAUCCGGUUCUCUUCUGGUCGUUUGGCAUCCAAAUGGUGGCGCUCAACUACCAAACGGAAGACGCUGCCCUUCACCUGAACACGGCCCUUUUCGAACAAAUGGGCCGCUGUGGCUAUGUCCUGAAGCCGGCCCUGAUGCGGGACCGCACUCACGUCAUGUACCGACGCUUCAACCCGUGGGGCAAAGAGUUCGACGGCCUUCACGUCCUCCACGUGAAACUGACGCUCAUAUCGGGCCAGUACGUUUGCCCAGCCAAUCCGUCGGCUGGCAGUCCGCUGUUGGAUGUCGAGAUUGUUGGCAUUCCGGCCGAUUGCGUCAAACACAAAUCCAAAAUGGUCCAACGCAACGGAAUCAAUCCCGUUUUUCACGACAAAUUUGAAUUCACCGUCCUCUUUCGUGAUUUGGCCUUCCUUCGGCUGACCGUGACCGACGUGGCCUCCAAUCACGUUACGGCCCAGAGAGUCAUACCCGUCAAUUACCUGAGGCCGGGCUAUCGGCACGUCCGCCUGAACAACACGCAGAACCAGCCGUUGCCGCUCUCUUCGCUCUUCAUCCACACCAAGUUCGAAGAGGAAGGAUACGACGUCGUUCAUGCAAGUGCCAAACCGACCCUUCCAUCGUUGAAUGUGCCGCUUAUCCCGGGCAACGAGCUGGACUCGUCCGCUGCUGAUGAAGACCGAAGCCCCACAGCGCUCACCAGUCCCAGUCAGGAGGAGAAUCCGGACGGGGGAGGAGGAGGAGGAGCCGUCAAACGGCGGAUGUUCUUCCUCAUCAUUUACGGUGUCCAGAACGUGGGCGGUGCAGGAGCGCAGGCCACGGCUCCCAGCCGGAACGAGGAGGAGCCCUACGUGAUCCUCAAAGUGACGCAAGAUUGCACGUCCGAAACGGUCAUACGCAAAGCGCUGAGUAAGCUUCCGCCGACGGCCAGUGGAGCCUCCGUCCCCCUUCAAUUGCACGACUAUCUCCUGCUGGAAGAAGUCAAUCGCGGAUGGGAAGCAUCGGACAAACUCCUUCCGCCUUUACAAAGGAUUUUGGAUGCCCAAGAGCGACCGCUGGAAGCGCAGGCCAAAUGGCGAGGUGAGGGCCGUUUCAUUCUACGCCGCAUCGGCGACGAUCCCAGUUCCAGGGCGUGGCUUUCGUCCAUCCUCAAUUCCAACCAGAAAAUGAAAUCCCGCAAGAUCAGUAAAGUGGCCGUCCGUCCGGAAUCGUGCAAAGUGGAAUUGAAAGAACGCGGCCGUUUAGAGGACGAAGACUCUGGUGAUGAAGACGACAACGACGAAGACGAGGAUGACGACGACGUCGGACUAGCCGAGGAGGAGGAAGAAGAGGAAGAAGAAACGUUUCUCGUCUGCGUUCACAAUGUCUCGCCCGAGAUUCCUUACGCCAUUCUCAAGGGCCGUGUGACGGACACAGCCAAAGACAUUCUCCUGCAGGCGCUGCUCAAGGCGAGAAAACCGCACGAACUGGAGCGUUACGUCCUGGUGGAAGAACGCGACUUGGGCCCGUCUUUGGGCCGGCAUCGUCGUGUCCUUCGCGACGAUGACAACGUGCACCAAGUUCAGGCCAGAUGGACCACAUUGGGUCGGUUUGUUGCUGUUGAAAGAGGCAGGAUAAGGGCGCGCAACGGAAACGUUGACUGGAACGACAAAGUUGGUCCAACGACGCCCGAUAUGAACAGGAACAAAACGGGUGCAAUGCUGCGAGCGUCUCUGUUCACCAGACGAUUGCAGCAGAGCACGAAAAACUCGAAACUGCAGGUGAAGGAGAUGUACAGCGACCCGGGAUUGGGCCACAGUGGCAGAUCUCGUGAGCGGAUUCGAUCGGAUUCGAGUUUAGCACGCGACGCAGUUCAACCGACCAGCAGCAGCAGCAAUGUCCAUCAAAUGAAAAGUCCGUCUUCGCGGGACACGCUCAGCAGCCUGGAACAAUUUUCACCUCAACGAACGGCGUAUUCCGAAGGUGAAUGGAAUGCCGACGACACAGACGCCGAAGCCGACAAUGGCGGAGCAGGAGGCAACCAAGUGGAUUGGGAAUUGCGCUCCACCGUGGCCAAAUUGAAGAAAAUGUCGCUGCGAACGUUCCGUCUCUGGCGAUGAAAGACGACCACAAUCAAGUAACUAACACAAUACAACUUUUUAAUUAGAUCUCACGCCGCCCCUCCUUGUGUAUAAACAUCGUCGCCAAUUCACCAGUCUUAAUCAUAGGAACAAAGUCUCUUUACAUCCAUCGAGUCCUAUUGACUUGCCCGUGGAAUGUAGCGCUCCCUUUUUUGAUACUGUCUACAUCCACAACACACCAUCUUUGUUAGUUCGAAUGUUUGUUCCAGUUGCUUUUAUCAUUUAAAAAUAAAAAAAAACACACGUUUCUAAUAAGUUGGUGAUUCUAGUCCAUUUGUCUAAUUGACCUCUUUUCUUGGUCCUGUACAUAUUUCUUUCGUCGAUGGACUUUGAUAUUGCUGAUUCGUGCACCAAAUGUUUUCUUGAUUUUCGUCGAUUUCUAUUGCGCGAAACAUUUGAAGAGAACAUUUUUUUCCCCCUCCCCCAUCUUAUUUGCCAGGUGAUUCCGUGAUUUCCCUUCAGCGUCAAUCACGGAACCCGUGGGAGGAAAUCCAAGGCCGUAACUGGAUUGGGUUUCCUUCUUCUAGCAACCUGAGCAAACAUAUCCAAAUCAGUUAAAACUGUACAAUCCGAUAUUGUUCAUAAUUCUUCCCCAAUCUUUGACUGGCCCAAUGACCCCCUUUUGUCGUCAUUUUGACAUGAACAAUUGUGUUAUGUCUGCAAGCUGUAAAACUUAUUGACAAGAACGUCCAAAAUAAUAAGCUGAUUCAAAUGUCGCUAUCGUAUCUUACUAUGUAAAUCUCUCAGUGAGUUUCUAUAGUAAUAAAAUCGGUUUGCUAGCCAA